AUAUAUAAUUUGCACAAUCCUCACUAUUCUUAACCCACUACCAUCAUGUGGUCUAUGAGUAUUUUUGUAUUUGCAUUUGCAAUAAUACUAUCAUUCUUUGUUUAUUGGAUUUUCAGGUGGCGGAAUCCUCCCUGCAAUGGAAGACUUCCUCCUGGUUCCAUGGGAUUUCCGCUCAUCGGAGAAACUAUUCAAUUCUUUAUUCCAAGCAAGUCGCUUGACAUGCCUCAUUUUGUGAAGAGCAGAAUCAAAAAAUACGGGCCAAUAUUUAAAACAAGCUUGGCCGGACGACCAGUAGUUGUAUCAUCAGAUGAUGAUUUCAAUCAUUUUAUUCUUCAACAAGAAGGGAAGUCGGUAGAAUUAUGGUAUUUGGAUUCUUUGGCUGAACUUGUUGGUCAAAAUGGGUCAUUUAAAGAUGGUAUUAGCCUUGGAUAUAUCUAUAAGACUCUCAAGAAAGUUAUUACCGAACAUUUUGGUCCUGAAAGACUCAAAGAAAGCCUUCUGCCUCAAUUGGAAGACAUGGUUAACAAAUCCUUGGAAGCAUGGUCCAAGCAUGAAUCUUUCGAAUUACAGCAUGCAUGUACCAGGAUGAUAUUGGAUUUCACUUCAAAGGUCCUGUUUAGUUAUGAUACGGAAAAAAAUGGAGACAAUCUGCGCAAAACAUUUGCGAGCUUUACAAAAGGGUUGUUUUCUUUUCCUGUAAAUAUUCCAGGAACAAACUUUCAUAAGUGUAUGGAGAGUCAGAAAAGUAUAAUGAAGAUAAUAAAUGAAGCAGUUGUGGAGCGACAAAUUUUUCCUGAAACAAGCAAAGGGGAUUUUCUUGAUAGUCUGAUACAACAAAUGAAAGCUGAUAACUUAUUCACAAAUGAUCUUUUUAGUUAUCUUAUCUUUGUACUUCUACUUGCUACUUCUGAGACCAUUCCGACAACUUUAACUUUGGUCAUUAAGUUACUGUCUGAACAUCCUCUAACCAUGCAAGAAUUACAGAAAGAAAAUGAGGAGAUUAUACGAAGCAGGGAAAGUAAUGAAACUACAGGUUUGACAUGGAAGGAAUAUAAAUCCAUGACUUUUACAAUGCAUGUUAUCAAUGAAGCACUUCGAUUGAGUGGUUCCAUAGGCAUGUUAAGGAGAACCAUGGUUGAUAUCUAUAUAAACGGAUAUACAAUUCCGAAGGGCUGGACGAUCAUGAUUGUUCCUGCUUCUUCUCACUUGAAUCCAGACACUUACAAAGAUCCUACUGCUUUCAAUCCAUGGCGAUGGAAGGAUUUAGGUUCAGAUGUUCUUGCCAAAAAGUUUAUCCCAUUUGGUCGGGGAAAGAGACCAUGCGGCGGAGCAGAAUACAGUAAAGUUUUGCUUGCGGUGUUUAUCCAUGUUUUCGUCACCAAAUACAGGUGUAGUGAUGUCAAGACAGGAGAAAUUGUUAGAACUCCGAUACUAAAAUUUGGAAAUGGACAUUACAUUCAUGUGUCAAAGAAGCAAGAUGUGUCGGUGAAUCAAGAAAGUUGAUUGUACAUUAUUCAAUAAUAAAACAUUCAAAAACUGUGUUGGUUUCAUAUAUAAUGUGUGGGUGUCAUUUCAGAUUAAUUUGUAAAAAAACAAAAGUUUAAUUGUUCUUUUAAUAAUAAGAUAGCUAACAGGUUGAAAAAUAUUUUUACAGUAAA